CUAAUUUUCAAUUCAACAUCUCAUCACCGAACAUUUAUUUCUGAAAAAUGGUUUCUCGGGAAACCUUACUCUUCCUAGGCCUCUUGGCCAUGGCUUCUCUCAUACCCUCUCAUGGGACUGCUAGGAACCUUGCUCAGACUACCUCGAUGUCCUCUUCAAAGGAUAAAAACCACAUCAAUGGUAUCAAAAAUGACGAAGACCAUGGAGGUAAUAGAUCUAACAGUGGAUCUGGUGAUUAUGGAGGUGACCAUAAAGGUGAUAAACCAGAUGAAAGACACGGUGAAAAUGGAGGAAACAAUGGAAGUAAUAGACCUGGAGAUGGACCCGGUGAUCAUGGAAGUGACCAUGGAAAUGAUAAACCAGGCAAGGAAAAUGGUGAUUAUGGAGGCAACCAUGGAGCUGAUAAACCAGGCGGAGGACCCGGUGACUAUGGAGGCAACCAUGGAGGUGAUAAACCAGGCGGAGGACCAGGUGAUAAUGGAGGUGACCACAAAGGCAACGAUGAAGGAGAUAAACCAGGGGGUGGACCCGGUGACCAUGAUAAACCUGGAGGUGGUGGUGGAGUCGGUGACCAUGGAAGCAACCAUGAAGGUAAUAAACCAGGCAAUGGACCCGAUGGAGGCGACCAUCAAGGUGAUAAACCUGGAGACGACCAUGGAGGUGAUAAAUCCGGUGGGGGCGAAUCAAGAAAUGGUGGACUCAAUAAUUGUGGAGGUGGACUUAGAAAGGGUGUUUGUGGAGGUGGCCAUGUUGAUGGUUACAAUAGUGAAGCUCCUUGAAAUUUCGAUGACAAGCCUAAUGGUAAAUAGAAUGGAAAGCCUUGUGGACUUGGCAUUAAAAAUUAUCUAAAAGACCAUAAUUAGGUCAUUUACGAGCACGUUAUGUUAAUUCCGAGAGAGUAUGUUGCUAUCCUAUAUGAACACAAAGUAGUGGAAUGUUAUCCACCUAAUAGAAUAUUAUUUAACCCCACUAGUGCAGAUAAGAAAUACGACGAAUGUUGACAAUGGAUAUCGAUUCUACAAUAAAAUCAUAUUAAGACGGGGUAAAAAAAAUGGUUAUUUCCUUCCACGCAACAC